AUGUAUCUCAUGUACUAUUUGGGUGAAGAUGGCAAUAGAAUAUAUACAUUAAAGAAAACUGAUCCAAGUGGGAAACCUACUUUGUCUGCACAUCCUGCAAGGUUUUCUCCAGAAGAUAAGUACUCGAAAUAUAGGAUAAUAGUGAAGACUCGUUUUGGAAUCUUGAAAACACAGACACCAUCUCCUGUUUAUUGAUGAACCUGUAAAUAUUUUUUUUUAGUUUCUUUGAAUAAUGUUUAAUAUAGGUGAAAUAAUAAAUAUAAUUUAAGAAAAUAAAUGUGCUUUAUUAACAAAA